CGAGAACCUUCUCCGAUCGCUCGCAAAACUGAGGUUUUAUUUUUCUCGUUAUAAAAGAGAUUCUGCCUCUCGCCAAAGGAACGAAAUACUCACAAUGGACUGAGCACGAAUUUCGUUGCAGCCCCGACUACUCAACCAACUCUGGCCGCCAAACAUGUGGCGUCUCGGCAUUGCGGGCGCGCCCCGUCCGGCGAUACCCUCCGUCGUCGGCGUCGGCCGCGGCCGCUGUGCCCUGCGAUCACCGACGCCGAUGCUGACACCGACACCACGACCACGACCACGACUACGACUACGACUACGACCACAAUUGUCGCCAGCAGGAACUACGACAGUCUUCGCCGCCGGCCCCGACCGGCCUUUCUCCUCGACCGUCCCGCGUCCCGUGCUGGGCCCUUCCUCGGGGCCGUUCGAGCCACUACGUCCGCCCACUCCCUCCUCCCUCGGCCAGCCCCGCGCGGCCCGCACGUUCCGCCGCACCCGCCGCUGGGCGCGGCGCCUGGCCCUCCUCUCCGCCCUGCUCGGCGCGGGCUACCUGCUCGACCGGCAGGUCUACGCGUCGGGCAUCUCGCGGUCGCUGCGCACCUUCGGCGUGGGCCUGCUGGUGGCGGCCGACUACAAGCUCAACUUCCGCGCGGAGCCGCUGCCGCUGAUCGGGAGCGCCGGCGGCAUCGACGAGCUGCACCGCCGCAGCGCCGAGCGGCUCUCGGACCUGCUGCGCGAGAACGGCGGGCUGUACCUCAAGAUCGGGCAGGCCAUCGCCAUGCAGAGCGCCGUGCUGCCCCCGGAGUUCCAGCGCAUGUUCGCCCGCAUGUUCGACGACGCGCCCCAGGACGACUGGGCCGCCGUCGAGAAGGUGAUCCGGGACGACUUUGGCGGCCGCUCCGUCGAGGACGUCUUCGGCGUCAGCUUCGCCGGCGCCGAGGGCAAGGGCGUCAUGGAGAGGACCGCGAGGGCCAGCGCCUCGGUCGCCCAGGUCCACUGGGCGAGGCUGCCGGACGGAAGGGAGGUGGCCGUCAAGAUUCAGAAACCCGAGAUCGCGAAGCAGAUUGGCUGGGACCUGUGGGCUUUCAAGUGAGUUAGUUAAUUGCUUCAGAAUAUGAAAUAGGGAGAAGAGAGAGAGAAAAGAUGGGAAGAGAAAGGACCACUUCAUAGCACCCAGAUUUUUUUUUCUUUUUCC